CGUGGGUCCUGCCGAGUAUCCCACAAUGCAGAGCGCAUGGCGCGUCAUUGGAGGGAGCCGAUGAUGAUGGCGGCGGUCGGUGCACCAGAAGUGAUCACACAACUGGAGAGCGCUGCCAAAGUUUUAAUGGCACCGCCAUCCAUGGUCAGCACAGAGCAGAGGCAGCACGCUGAACAUGUAUUCCUCUCCUUCAGGAAGUCCAAGUCCCCGUUCGCCAUCUGCAAGCACAUCCUGGAGACGAGCAAGGUGGACUAUGUGCUAUUCCAGGCAGCCACAGCCGUCAUGGAGGCCGUUGUGCGGGAGUGGAUCCUGCUGGAGAAGACCAGCAUCGAGUCCCUCCGGGCGUUCCUCCUCACCUACGUGUUGCAGAGACCCAACCUGCAGAAGUACGUCCGUGAGCAGAUCCUGCUGGCUGUGGCCGUCAUCGUGAAGCGAGGCUCUCUGGACAAAAGCAUCAACUGCAAAGGCAUCUUCCACGAGGUCGGCCAGCUCAUCAGCAGCGGGAACCCCACAGUGCAAACCCUGGCCUGCUCCAUCCUCACCGCUCUGCUCAGCGAGUUCUCCAGCUCCAGCAAGACCAGCAGCAUUGGCCUCAGCAUGGAGUUCCACGGCAACUGCAAGCGCCUCUUUCAGGAGGACGGCCUGCGUCAGACCUUCAUGCUGACCAUGGAGGUGCUGCAGGAGUUCAGUCGCAGGGAGAACCUCAACGCUCAGAUGUCCUGCGUCUUCCAGCGCUACCUGGCUCUAGCCAACCAGGUCCUGAGCUGGAACUUCCUGCCUCCAAAUCUGGGGCGCCACUACAUCGCCAUGUUCGAGGCCACGCAGAACGUCACGCUGAAGCCUACGGAGUCCUGGAGGGAGGCGCUGCUGGACACCCGCGUCAUGGACCUCUUCUUCUCUAUUCACAGGAAGAUCCGGGAGGACUCGGACAUGGCCCAGGACUCCCUGCAGUGCCUGGCCCAGCUGGCCUCCAUGCACGGGCCCGUCUUCCCAGACGAGAGCGCCCAGGUGUCCUACCUGGCUCACCUGGUGGAAGGCCUGCUCAGUAUGAUCAACGGGAUCGAGAUCGAGGAUUCGGAGGCGGUGGGCAUCUCCAACAUCAUCUCCAACCUGAUCACCAUGUUCCCCCGGAGCGUUUUAACGGCACUGCCCAGCGAGCUCUUCACCUCCUUCAUCAACUGCCUCACACUCCUCACCUGCUCGUUUGGACGCAGCGCCGCCCUGGAGGAGGUGCUGGAUAAAGACGACAUGGUUUACAUGGAGGCGUACGACAAGCUGCUGGAGUCGUGGCUCACGCUCGUCCAGGACGAGGAACACUUUCCCCGCGGCUGCUUCGUCCAGCCCGCCAUCCAGGUCUUCAACUCCUACAUUCAGUGUCACCUGGCCGCUCCCGACGGCACGCGGAACCUGUCUGUAAACGGCAUAUCGUCCCACGAGGCGGAGGAGAUCAACGAGCUGCAGGAGGACGACAGAGAGCUGUUCUCGGACCAGCUGUCCAGCAUCGGCAUGCUGGGACGUGUGGCGGCGGACCACUGCAUCCCCCUGCUCACAAGCCUGCUGGAGGACCGGGUGAACCGGUUGCACGGCCAGCUCCAGAGGACCCAGCAGCACCUCAUGGCCUCGACCGACCUGGGGUCAGUGGACCGCAAAGUCCUGGACGACCUGUAUGAGGACAUCCACUGGCUCAUACUGGUCUCAGGUUAUCUGCUGGCAGACGAUCCUCAGGGCGAAACCCCGAUGAUCCCCUCUGAGGUGAUGGAGUUCUCCAUCAAACACUCCACAGAAGUCGACAUCAACACGACGCUGCAGAUCCUCGGCUCCCCGGGGGAGAAGGCCUCCUCCAUACCGGGCUGCAACCGCACAGACUCCGUCAUCAGGCUGCUGUCUGCCGUGCUGAGGACGUCGGAGGUCGAGUCCAGGGCGACCAGAGCGAGCUUGACGGAGCUUCUCAGUCCUCAGAUGGGGAAGGACAUCAUGUGGUUCCUGAGGCGCUGGGCCAAGUCGUACCUGCUGGUGGACGAGAAGCUCUACGAGCAGAUCAGCAUACCUCUGAGCACAGCGUUCGGCGCAGACACGGAGGGAGCCCAGUGGAUUGUGGGAUACCUGCUGGAGAAGGUGAUUAACAAUCUGUCGGUGUGGAGCUCAGAGGCGGAGCUGGCCAACGACACGGUGGAGCUGCUGGUGACGCUGGUAGAGAAGAGGGAGAGGGCGAACAUUGUGGUGCAGUGCGAGGGCUGGUGGAGCCUGGCAAAGCAGUUCGCCAGCCGCAGCCCGCCGCUCCACCUGCUGUCCAGCUCCGUGCAGAGAUCCCUGAUGAAGGCGCUGGUCCUGGGAGGCUUCGCCAACAUGGACUCCGACACCAAGCAACAGUACUGGGCUGAGGUGCUUCAUCCCCUGCAGCAGCGCUUCCUCAGCCUCAUCAACCAGGAGAACUUCGCUCAGAUCAGCCAGGAAGAGGCGGUCAAACAGGAAAUAGUCGCCACACUGGAGGCGCUGUGCGGCAUCGCCGAGGCGACGCAGAUAGACAACGUGGCUUCGCUCUUCUCCUUCCUCAUGGACUUCCUGUCCAGCUGCAUCGGCCUCAUGGAGGUUUACAGCAACACGCCGGAAACGAUCAACCUCAUCAUUGAGGUUUUCGUGGAAGUGGCUCACAAGCAGAUCUGCUACCUGGGAGAGACUAAGUCCAUGAAGCUGUACGAAGCCUGCCUGACGCUGCUGCAGGUCUACUCCAAAAACAACCAGAGCAGGAAGCGCAGCGACGCCACGGCCGAGGAGGACCAGUACCAGGACCUGCUGCUCAUCAUGGAGCUGCUCACCAACCUGCUCUCCAAGGAGUUCAUCGACUUCAGCGACAACGAUGAGGUGUUCCGAAACCAGGAGCAGGGCACGCCGGCGUCGAGCCGGACCGUCUCCGCGGCCGACGUCGUCCUCUACGGCGUCAACAUCGUUCUUCCACUCAUGUCUCAGGACCUGCUGAAGUUUCCUUCUCUGUGUAACCAGUACUACAAGCUCAUCACCUUCAUCUGUGAGAUCUUUCCAGAAAAGAUCCCCCAGCUGCCUGAAGACCUUUUUAAGAGCCUCAUGUUUUCACUGGAGCUGGGAAUGACCUCGAUGAGUUCAGAAGUCAGUCAGCUGUGUCUGGAGGCUCUGUCUCCUCUGGCUGAGCAGUGCGCCAAAAGCCAGGAGAAGGACUCGCCCCUCUUCAUCGCCACGCGUCACUUCCUCAAGCUGGUGUUUGACAUGCUGGUGCUGCAGAAACACAACACAGAGAUGACGGUAGCGGCAGGGGAAGCCCUCUACACACUCGUCUGCCUGCAUCAGGCGGAGUACUCGGAGCUGGUGGAGACCCUGCUGUCCUCCCAGAGGGACGCCGUGAUCUACCAGCGUCUGGCCGACGCCUUCAACAAGCUGACGGCCAGCAGCACGCCGCCCACAAUGGACCGCAAGCAGAAGGUGGCCUUCCUGAAGAGCCUGGAGGAGUUCGUGGCCAACGUGGGCGGCCUCCUCUGCGUGAAGUAACCACUGAGAACCAACCCCCGAAUACUCCAUCAUUCUGAAGACUGUGCCCCGCCCCUACCCCUCUGCAUCCCACUACGCACAGCAGGAUCCGUCCGCCUCCCAGGAUCCUGCACUCAGCUGAAUGUUUCCUUUUAAUUGCUUUGUUUUUACCCCUCUGUAUAACGACACCUGCGGCGCCAAGAGAGUU